ACCCAACAGAACCCCCCAAUUCUCUCCACUUUUCACUCUCACAGAUCCACUCCAUUUCUUCUUCUUGUUCAAUUUGAGCUCAGCAGCCAUGAGCAAGCCUCAGACUCAGAGACCCAAGCCGCCUCCGUCGGGUCGGACCAACCUCGCCUCAUGCAUAGUCGCCACCAUCUUCCUCAUCUUCAUCGUCAUCGUCUCCCUCAUCGUCUACUUCACCGUCUUCAAACCCAAAGACCCCAAAAUCUCCGUCAGCGCCGUCCAGCUCCCCUCCUUCUCCCUCCUCAACUCCACCGUCAACUUCACCUUCUCCCAAUACGUCGCCGUCAGCAACCCCAACCGCGCCGCCUUCCGCCACUUCGACUCCACCCUCCAGCUCCUCUACUCCGGCAACCAGGUCGGCUUCAUGUUCAUCCCCGCCGGCCAAAUCGAAUCCGGCCAGACCCAGUUCAUGGCCGCCACUUUCGCCGUUAACUCCUUCCCCGUCUCCGAUCCCAACCUCGCCGCCGCCGUCCAGGGCCCCAUGGUCUCCCCCGAGCUCGGCGACGGGCUCAGCGGGGUUCGCGGGGGAGGAGGCGGCGGUGGGGCGACGAUGGAGAUUGAGUCGAGGCUACAGAUGGCGGGUCGGGUCCGGGUCAUGCAUUUUUUUACCCACCACGCGGAGGCCAAGUCCGGGUGCAGAGUCGUCAUUGCUGUUAGUGAUGGAUCUGUCUUGGGUUUUCAUUGCUGAUUUGAUUUCUUUUUUGUGAUCAAUGAGUGAAAAUAUUGUAGCUUUUGGUUUGAAUUUGUUUAACCACGGAUGGAGCAAUGUAAAAUGUAAAAAAAGAUGAAGUAAUUCUUGACUGUUAAUUUCACUCCACAA